AUGGUGCCGCCUCUCGUGCCCAGGUUCUUGAAGAAGAAUACCCCUGUGCUUGUGAGCACUGAGCCCGAUGGCUCCCCCGCGCCCCUUUCUGCGUUUCGGCUACUCAGCUUUGGUCGGAUCGGCAGCGACGGCCCCAAUGACGACGGCAUGUACAAGAUCGAGUGGGACUCCAAGCUGGAUGAUCACGGCAAGAUGACACCUCUUGUGUACGAGCGCGUCAGGGCCCACAACACCUACCCGUCCAGCAGCAUCCUGGAGCUGGGGGCUUCUGCCGACCACGUGGCUGGCAACCUGUCCAGCGCCGUCUUCAAGCCGGCGGCGGCCCACGGUCCGCCCGGGGACAUAGCCGUCUUGUCGCACAACAUCCACCCCUGCACUGUGAUGGUGGUGGCCCGGGAGGCGUCGUACAAGUCUGCAGGCGGCCGAGUCGCCUGCGUCCUCAGCGCAAGCUAUCUGCAGGCUCUUUCACUCUGCACCGCCGACCGCCUGUACGAGCCCGUCGCCUACAACAGCGACCUGCGGUGCUUGGAGAUAAUCGACUGUGCAGCGGCCCGCCUGAUGUACAAGCCGCUGAGCGACGCGGCUGCGCUACAACUCAUGCCGCUGCGGCCAGCCCCAAAGAUCCGAUACGACAAGAGCGGCACGCCCGAGUGGAAGUUGUACGUGGGCGACAGGCUGGACGACGAGCAGGGCAAGGUGUUCCUGGGGAGCUUCCCCGACCACGCCGCGGUCCUGGCGGCCGUGUUUGCGGCGGAGGAGCUGCGCCCCGGCCAGUUCGACCUCUGCUUGGACAUCAGCCUGCUGACCCAGGACCUGGUUGAGGGGGUGAGCAGCGCCGGCUGA